GCAACUUUCCAUCUUAAUGUCACUGUUAUUAUAUAUUGUUGACAGAUGGCCCAGAUUUGGGAGACUAGCCAUAAUUGCAUCAAUGUUAACAGGGAUUAUCAUGUAUAUAGUUGAUGUAGUUUCAAACAGAUAUUACGUGAUGUUUGGAAUACCUGCGGCUUUUGAGAAAACUCAUAAAUAUAUUGUUUAUAAUUAUCGUAAACCAUAUUAUUCCCAUCUUGGUACUUAUUGUUUCGGUGCUUUAAUUGGAGAUAUAUUAAGAAAGAAGAAACAGGUCACAUUUGAAAAGAUUACCCUUUUACUUUGUUGGACGGGAUGCAUUGUCUUAAUGACAUUAUCUAUUUUUGGAGUGCGUAGUUACAAGAAAAAUAUUUUGGCCAACGAAAAUAUAAUCAUCGCCUUUCAGUGCAUUUCUCCAUUUGCUUGGACCGUAGGAUUAGCUUGGUUGACAGUGGCUUGUGUCACAGGUCACGGAGGAACCCUCAACCGUUUGUUAUCUCUUCGUAUUUUUGUGGUGUUAUACAGUCUGAAUGUUUGGAUAUAUCUGCUUCACUUUUCAAUCAUGUUUUACGUCUUUUGCAAAAUGAGAAAAGCUACAGGUGCUUUACAGUUUAAUUUGUGGAUGCUAUAUUCCUUUGUUAUGUUUUUGUCACUGAUUGCUGCUCUGUUCUUUUUUGUAUUCUUCGAAUCCCCAUUGAGCAGUCUUCUGUCCAACGUGCUAAAAAACAGAACAUCGCAAGAAAGAGUAAUUCCCAAUGAAAACAUUACAGAAAUGAAGACAGACAAGAAUUCAAAAAUUGUUGUUGUGUCAUAAACAUUGCAAAUUAUGUUGACAUUACAUAUGUUGAUAAUAUGACUCUGUUAAUUAAAUAACUUUAAGUAU